ACUACACUAGGAAGAAAACAAAGUUCUGAAAAUUCAGUAAUGACUGCUCACUAGUCAGAAAGAGCCUCAAACAUUCAAAAUCCCCUCCAAUUACUCUGUUUAAUUUAUCUUUGUUCUGUUAUGGAUGACUCUGUAAAUCUUCUUCUUCUUCACCUUGUGUUUUCUACCUUAUUCAUUCAAUCAAUUGCUACUAAACAUUCAUUGAUUCUUCCCCUCAUAGUGAAGAAAACAGCAUCUAUCUCCUCCCCAAACAGAGUUGCUUUUCAUCAUAAUGUUUCGCUUACUGUCUCUCUUUCUAUUGGGUCACCUCCGCAACAAGUUGUCAUGGUGCUCGAUACAGGGAGUGAACUUUCUUGGCUCCACUGUAAAAAAACCCCAAUAACACCUUUAAUUUUCAACCCGCUUGUUUCUUCUUCAUACUCUGCUACCCCCUGUUCUUCACCGACAUGCAGGAUGAAAACCCGGGAUUUUUCCAUACCCGUUUCAUGUGACCCGAAAAAACUCUGCCAUGCUACGCUAUCCUACGCUGACAGUUCUUCCGUUGAGGGUAAUUUAGCUACUGAAACUUUCCGUAUCGAUAAUUUGAAUUUACCCGGUGUGGUAUUCGGGUGCAUGGAUAUGAGUUCAAGUUCAAACCCGGAAGAUUCAAGGACUACCGGGUUAAUAGGAAUGAACCGUGGUGGUUUAUCUUUCGUUACACAAAUGGGUUACCCGAAAUUCUCUUAUUGUAUUUCGGGUCGUGACAGUAACGGCGUUCUCCUAUUUGGAGAAGCGAAUUUGCCUUGGCUUAAACCAAGGAAGUACACUCCGUUAGUUCAAAUGUCAACUCCGUUACCUUAUUUUGAUCGGGUCGCUUAUACGGUUCAGUUGGAAGGAAUUAAAGUUGGUGAGACGAUUUUACCCUUGCCUAAAUCCGUACUCAUACCGGAUCAUACUGGAGCGGGUCAAACCAUGGUUGAUUCGGGUACUCAAUUUACUUAUCUACUUGGCCCGGCUUACACCGCGUUAAAAAAUGAGUUCAUUAAACAAACCAAAGGCGUGUUGAGGGUAUUGAACGACCCGAAUUUCGUAUUCCAAGGGGCGAUGGACUUGUGUUACUUAGUUGAAUCGACUCGUACGAUACUACCGCGGUUGCCACCAGUAACAUUGAUGUUUCCGGGGGUGGAAAUGAGCGUUAUGGGUGAAAAAUUGCUUUACAAAUUAACAGGGGUAACGAGAGGGAAGGAUCAAGUGUAUUGUUUUACGAUGGGAAAUUCAGAUUUACUAGGAGUAGCGGCGUACAUUAUUGGACAUCAUCACCAGCAAAAUUUCUGGAUGGAAUUUGAUCUUUCAAACUCUAGAGUUGGAUUAGCUCAAGUUAGUUGUGAAUUAGCAAGUCAAAAAUUAGGAAUAGGCUUAUAA